AUGCCCAACUUCUCAUAUACUACCCUCACUAGCAGCCUCUUGCUGCCCGUCCCUCCUUGUCUCCCUCCCCCCCUUUCUCUCUUUUCUCUCUUGGACAAACCACCCCUCCUCCCUCCUUGGACGUGGACCUUUCGAGUAUACCCCCUCCUCCUCUCAAAAGCUACCAGACGAUCCCUUUUUCUUCCCAUCCGGCCGCUCUGGACACUCCUUUCUCUCUCCUGGCCGCUGGAAUACCACCCGAACGAUAUCAACUAUACUUUGACGCCAUCACGGAUUAGUUACUUCUCUCACUCAAGAGGUGCAAACGACAAGGGCGCUUCCGAUGCUGCCCUACAAGAACCGCAAAUCAACACACUGACCAUCAGCGACAUUCCACAAGGCGAGUCGAUGCAGCCGGCAGGGAUGUCGUGGAUGCCGCCGGCGACCCAGCCGCAACAAGUGCCGACGACAGUUCAAGAGAGCCUUAGCUACUACAUCAAGGAUGGAAGCCAGCCCGUCGUAAACGCCUGGGAGCAACACCCUACCUCGUCGUCGAUCCAGCAACGAUCCACCGAGGCCGUGGCCGCGCCGGUCACCAUGGCCCAGGGGAUCUACCCCCUCAACGCCAUGAUGAGUGCUCAAGUCUCUCGAGAUGCCAACGGCUUUGCCUUGUCCGAUGCAUCGAAUCAUCGGUGGGCUCAGAAGCCGCUCGCAGACAACUUUGAACACCCCGUCCUGGACUCGGAAACGCCCAUCGGCCAGGCUUACACCACGGACGACGCCGUGCCCAUUCUUGAUCUCAGGUACACGACCCCGUCGCAUGACAACUCGAACUUGGACGGCAGCGUGGCCAGCCACCGCAUGUCCGGCUCGUCCUUUGCCAUGUCGACCACCGGGGCCCUGUCCGACAUGCCUUCGUACGAAGACUUCUCUGCCGCUCUCUCCGAGGUUCGAUCAAUCAACUCUGACUAUCCCCCUCCUUCAAACAGAACGUCCCUCAUGUCGUCCACGCAACUGUCCCCCGUGGCCUCUCCUCGCCUGACCCCCCAGACCCGCCCCGAGCAGGUCAGGACCCAGAGCCGCGGCCGCGCCUCGCCGUCUCCCCGGCCCAGCAUGCGGGCUGCCCCCUACGACAUCACUCGAGGAGGGAACAAGCAGCGCUGGUCCACCGGCUCCUACAGCGUGGCCCAACGACGACCCUCCCCCGCGCUCUAUCACUCUCCUCCUAGCGUUCCUCAGAGGUACUCGUACCAGUCCCUGCCUACGCCCGCCGCCUCGGCCAUGUUCCCCAACGCGCAGCAGCCGAUCAACGGCAGACCGCCUUUUAUGAUGACUGGUCCCUCGGCUUUCAACCGGAACAGCAUGGUCCUCGCCUCUCAGUUGCCGACCCAGGUGCCCUCGUACUUUUACAACCACAACGAGACGCACGGCGUCGUUGCCACCCCGCCGACUCUGCCUUCGCACGGCCUCCUCCGAGUCCUCCAAAGCAACGGCGAGCCGCACCCCUUGACCGGCCUCUACGCAGACCUCUCGGACCCCCCGGACUUGUUUGGCUGCCUCCAGGAAGAGCAGGCUCCCCCGCCACCCGAGGACAUGAACCCUUCGGAUCCCGAGAUGGUGCCCUAUGAGCAGGAGCUGCGAUUUGAAAACGACUUGUACACCCCGCGCUGGGUUCGAGGCCACGGCAACAAGAGGGAAGGGUGGUGUGGCAUUUGCAAGCCCGGGCGGUGGUUGGUGUUGAAGAACUCUGCUUUCUGGUACGACAAGUCCUUCUCGCACGGCAUCAGCGCGGCAACCGGCACUCCUUUCCAGGAGCCUCUGGACUCGAGACGCAUGAAUGGCAACCCGGAUAUUUGGGAGGGGCUUUGUGGAAGCUGCAACGACUGGAUCCCCCUUGUCAGCAGCAAAAAGAAGGGGACGACUUGGUUUAGACACGCAUACAAGUGUCACACGCACCCCAAAGCCAAAGAUGCCCACAAACGCCGUCGAGACAACAGCCAAAGCCGAGUGGGUGGCCAUAUGGCGCCCAUGCCCGAUGGACCAAGACCAGAGUCGCACCGAUCAAUGGCGUCUCACAUGUCUUCUCCGGUUUCUGGAGUCGACGCACCAAGCCUGGCCAUGACGGCCUCGAUGCCCAUGCCCACGCAGCCCAUGGACUCUCGCUCGUACAUGCCGAUUCAGCAGACUCAAGCGCCUGCUGGUGCUUUGCCGCAGAGGUCCAGCUCUGUCCGAUCACAGGCAAAUCCCAUGGAGUCGUAUAAUGGCAUGAUCUAA